UGUCGUUGUAUCGUUGGGAAGCACAGCGCUACCAGGAACGCAGCCCAUAGCAUACCCAGGCCGGCCAAUGACCAGUAGGCCUUGACGAAGAUUGGCUUGAGUGCCGGCAUAUCUGCGUACAGCGAAACGCGGUCCUGAGAUUAAGACUGCGGAGAAGGCCUGGACUGAAGGCUACUUGAACGUUAAUGCGACAUCUGCGCAGAUGGAUAGGAGGCGGCCUGAUGAAGCUGCAGGUGAUUCGAGAUAAGUUGGUGCUGUUUGAGACUAGCUCGAAUCGGAAGUCGCCGGUUGCUGAUGUAAAGAACUUGUGUAAAGUGGUUUACACCAACGUAAGCUACAGGCUUCUUUCACGAGCUAGUUUGACGUCUGAUCGGUUAUUUCGUGGACCUGGGAGAGACGAUAGUCUCGAAAGCUUCGUAGCUGGUGGUGAAACAGUCAAGUCACCUCAGCACUGUCACAUGGUAGUCGAUUUUACGUUUAGACUCAUUGUGAUUCGACUGGGCCGGCUGACACAGCCAAGUCCAGAGUACGAAUUGUCGUAUUCAAAAGGUGGCGAAGAUGAAAUGCCCAUCAACACUUGGACCGACCAUGUGGUUGAGGGUACAGGGCUGUUCUGCCCUGCCCUGCUUUAUGACAUUCUUGUCACUUUAAACUGCGUCCUCAACGCUAUAUGUACAUGCUCGCUGUUGUAAAACUGCAACGGUGUUGUACAUGUGUAGGCCAACCGAGGU